GCGAAGGCGAACAACGCGAAGAUCGCCGGGUUUGACACUACCCAACCCAGCACAUGGCUGGUCUACCAAGAUUGCAAUAAUCUUUACGGAUGGGCCAUGAGCCGGUACAUGCCUUACGGCGGAUUCCGAUGGUACGAGGGCAAUCCGGACGUCGCGUUAGCACAACUCGAGACUAUGCGCGAGACGGACGAUGUGGGGAGAGUGUACGAGGUAGACGUCUCGUACCCGCAGAGUCUGCACGACGCGCAUAAUGAGCUACCGUUUUUGCCGUAUGCAAGCGUACCUAAGGGUUCCAAAGUGUGUAAACUCAUGGCCACUUUGGAAUCGAAGAAAAAAUAUGUAGUGCACUACGUUAAUCUGAAACAGGCCAUUGCCAACGGUCUGAUUAUCGAUAAAGUGCAUCGGGUUUUGGAGUUCCGCCAAUCGCCGUGGUUGGCUAAAUACAUAGGACUUAACACGGAAAUGCGUAAGAGGGCGGUUAACGGAUUUGAACGAGAUUUUAUCAAGCUGAUGAACAACGCCGUGUUCGGAAAAACAAUGGAAUCGAUGCGCAAACGCAUGCAUAUGGAGCUCGUGUCUAGCGAGCGUCGAUUUAUGAAACUCGUUAAUCGUCCUACUUUUAAAUAUUGUACCACUUAUAAUGAGAAUCUUACAGCGGUGUCUUUGCACAAUGAAACUAUCGAAUUCUGCAAACCGAUUUACAUCGGUUUCGCAGUGCUCGAUAUAAGCAAGACGCUGAUGUACGAUUAUCAUUAUAACGUCAUGAAACGACAUUUUCAACAAGAUAUCGAGCUGCUGUACACGGAUACCGAUUCACUAGUCUAUCACGUGACGACCGACGACUUCUAUAGCGAUCUGGCGAACAACCCUGACUUGCUGCGUCGCAUGGACACGUCGAAUCUCCCGCACGAUCACCCAUGUUACACGGCGGAGCGUAAGAAAAUACCCGGACUGUUUACGGACGAGACCGAUGGUCACGUCAUGUACGAGUUCGUAGCGCUCCGGGCGAAAUCUUACGCUUACGAUAUCGAGCACGUGGAGACAAUCAAGGCCAAGGGGAUUCGACAACACGUGAUCAGAAAUCAUCUGACGCUGGCCGACCAUAAGCGGUGUUUGUUCGAGGCAGACGAUGUUGAUGAUGAUGAUGAUUGCGGUGAUGAUGAUGAUGAUAGCGGUGACGAUGACAAGACUGUACGAGAAAAACGUGUGGCAAUGCGUUGCAGUCGAGUUGUUUUAGAUAGCAUACACCGUCGACUGAGUACAACAACAACAACAGCAACAACUUCUACAAACGACGGCCAUGAAACUUCAACGUCAUUGCCAUCCUACAACCCAUACACGUCUUACAGGUUAAACGCUUGCAUCCGAUCGUUCAAACAUCGAGUUAAAACUGUUGUGAUGAUGAAAAAAACAUUGAACAGAUCGGAUGACAAACGAUAUAUUUUAAAUGACCGUGUGCAUACUCUAGCACAUGGUCAUUAUAAAAUUUAA